AUGAAUUUAACAUUUGAAGCAGUUCGAAAAAUUGUACAACAAGGAUAGAAUGUGACAGAUUUGAAAUAGAAGAUCGAUUGCAAUUAUACUUUGUAAAUUGUGGAGAACUAUUUUCCUCAAUCAUCGAAGGAAAAAUUGGAUUAAUUGCUAUGUUUCCGCGUUUCUGAUGGCUAUGCUAAAAUGAAGGCUUUAUUUUUUAGAACUCCAAAUCCUGACUUCGUUCAACUAAGAGAAACAGACCCCUUAGUCAAAUACCCUUUAAUUAAAGUCACAAGUUUUCGAAUUUUGGGAAGGCCUGUUGAGGGCGACGAUUUUCCAAUAUUAAUUUUAGAAUUUGAAAGACUUUAAAUUCUUGAAAAAAUUAUCGGCCAACCAAUGUCCUUUAAAUCUUAUGUUGCGAAUGGUUACUAAAAUCCUAAUGGAGCUACAUCUCUAGAUGACUACGAAUUUGCUGGGAUCGACGAUUUAUUAUUUUCAAAUCACAAAUCUCAAUCGAUUGGCUACAAUCAGCCCAAAAACACAAUACAACAAAACAUAUAAGAAAUACCUAAUAAGUAGGAAGACAAACCGAAACAAGGAAUUAAGAUUUCAUUAAGUAAAACUAAAUUCUAAAAACAACAAUAAGCCGAUCCUCCUUAGACAGAAUUAGUCCAAUAAUAGCAAAAGGCUUAGGUUUAGAAGCAAUCCUAUGAUUAGAUGGCGUAAAAUCAACAAUUUCAAUAGAUUUAAUAAAACAAAAAUAACCAGGAUUAAUUAAACUAAUAAUAAAACUAAAAAAAAUAAUAACUGAGAGUAUAAAUUCAGCCAUAACAAUAAUAAUAAUAAUAAUAAUAAUAAUAAUAAUAACAGAAUAAUCAAUUCAAUAAUAAAAUACCCAAUUAAAGAAAUAAUAAAAAUAAUCCAUAAAUUGAUUUCUUCCCUCUUUAUUAAAUCAACCCUAGUUUUUAAUAACCCUUCAGAGGCAGAGUUGUUAAAGUUAACGAAAUAAAAAGUUAUACCACAAAAAAUUAGAAAGAUGGUAAAAUGUUUGGAAUUUAAGUCAUUGACGAAGAAAAUCUAGUCUCUGCAAUGUUUUUUGAUUCAGCAGCUGAAAAAUUCCAUGAUUAUAUAGUUUAAGGGAGAUGCUAUAUCUUUUCAGGUGUCUUAGUAAAGCCAGCUAAAAAUUUAGAAUAAUUACAAAAGAUAGGUUGUCUCCCCUUUGAUUAUACUUUCGAUCAAAAUUCCUAAAUAAUUGAAAUUGAUGAUGUUCCUGGAAUUCCAUUAAAUACCUUCAACUUUGUUAAACUUAAUUCAAUCAGCCAAUAAAAAGUUGGAUCAAUAUAGGAUGUAGUAGUAGUUAUAAAGUCUUCUAGUGGAGUUAAAGAGUUUUAAUAAAAAAAUAAAGAUGAGAAAUCAACAAGAAUCCAAUUGGGUGUCUAUGAUGAUUCCUUAUAAGAGAUAGAAAUAACACUCUAUGGACAUUUGGCUCAAUAAUACCCAUAUUAAGUUGGAGAAAUUUACAUGUUCAAGAGUUUAAAGAUAAAUGAAUAUUAAGGGAGAAAAAGCUUAUAAAAUAAUUACUAAACUUCUAUUCAUUUUGACAAAAACUAAAAGGAAGUGAAAGAAUUGCAAAAUUGGUUAUAGAAUUUUGAUGGAAAAUUGGCUGAACCUGUAUCCAAGAUUAAACUAAUAUCUGAAUUAAUAAAUGAAUCAAAUAAAUGCGAAUUGGAUCAAAAUUUAAAAAUAUACUCAGAUGUUAGAGCCUAAUUAGUCUUAGUUAAGAACUCAGGAACUCUUUACUAUUAGUCCUGUACAAAUUGUCUUAAGAAAGUUACAACAGAAUUGGAUUCCUAUUUUUGUUCAUCGUGCAAUUUGACUCUAAAAGAGCCUAAGUACAGAUACAUUCUAAAUUGCAAAAUAGCUGACUCUAGUGGUAACAUCUGGGUUAGUGUAGGAGAUUAAUAAGCUAAUUAGUUAAUUGAUAUUCCUGCUAAUCUUCUAAAACAAUUGACAGAUGAAGGAAAAGAAAAAGAAAAGAAUGAAGCAUUAAGCAAGUCAGCUUACAAAGAGUUCAGAUUUAAGUUAACAUCUAAAUUAGAAGAAUUUAAUGAUGUAAAAAGAGUGAAGCAUGCUGUACAAUCAAUUACUCCAAUUUCAAAUGCUGACACAUAAGCUAUUUUGAACCAAAUAGAAUUUUAUAUGAAGAAUAUUUGA